AGCGUCUGUGGCCACGGAUUAAGUGCCGGCGGUGAGUGAGGUGCAGCCCUCCCCGGCUUCCGGGCUGCGGGCCAGACCGGCUGAGCCUUAAGAGUUGAGCCUCUUCUUCAGCUGGGAAAAGAAAAAUGUCAGUAUUCAAGAAGUUAAAGCUUCUUCUCUGGAAGAAUUUCAUCUUAAAGAAGCGGAAGACUCUGAUAACUCUCCUGGAAAUGUUGAUGCCAUUGCUGUUUUCUGCAAUUGUAUUGUAUCUUCGUUUGAAUAGUAUGCCAAGGAAGAAGUCGUCUACCAACUACCCGGCAAUUGAUGUCAGUUUGCUGCCAGUAUAUUUCCAUAACUAUCCUCUGAAAAGUAAAUUUCAGUUGGCUUACAUCCCUUCCAAAAGCGAGACCUUGAAAGCUGUUACUGAAGUGGUGGAGCAAACCUUUGCUGUUAGCUUUGAAGUUCUAGGCUUUCCUUCAGUGCCUGUAUUUGAAAACUAUAUAAUUAAAGAUCCCAAGUCUUUCUACAUACUGGUGGGAAUUGUUUUUCAUCAUUACUUCAAUAGCAGCAAGGAACCUUUGCCACUUGUGGUGAAGUAUGACUUGCGCUUUAGUUAUGUUCAGAGGAACUUUGUAUCGCCUCCGAGGCAUUUAUUUUUUCAAGAGGAGAUAGAAGGCUGGUGCACGGCCUUUCUUUACCCCCCUAAUCUAAGCCAAGCGCCGCGGGAAUUUUCAUACGCCGAUGGGGGAAACCCUGGAUACAACAAAGAAGCCUUCCUGGCAAUUCAGCAUGCCGUAGACAAAGCCAUUAUGCAGCACCAUGCUCCCAACACAGCACUCAGCAUGUUCAAGAACCUCCACGUCUUGAUGCAGAGAUUCCCAUUUGGGCCCCAUAUCCAGGACCCAUUCUUAGUGAUCCUGCAGAAUGAGUUCCCUCUGCUCCUCAUGCUCAGCUUCAUCUGUGUUGAGCUCAUAAUCACCAAUUCCAUUUUGUUGGAGAAGGAGAGGAAACAGAAGGAAUACAUGUGUAUGAUGGGAUUGGAGAGCUGGCUGCACUGGGUUGCUUGGUUCAUCACGUUCUUCGUUUCUGUCUUAAUUACCAUUUCUGUUAUGACUGUUCUUUUUUGCACAAAGAUAAACAAUGUAGCUGUGUUCAGGAACAGCAACCCUAUCCUGAUAUUUAUUUUUCUAAUGUGUUUUGCCAUCGCCACAAUCUUCUUUGCAUUCAUGAUGAGCACAUUCUUCCAAAGAGCCCAUGUAGGAACUGUGAUUGGUGGCAUCGUCUUCUUCUUCACUUACCUUCCAUACAUGUACAUCACUUUCAGUUACCACCAGAGGACUUACACCCAAAAGAUACUCUCUUGCCUCUUUUCCAAUGUUGCCAUGGCAAUGGGAGUCCGUUUCAUCUCUCUGUUUGAAGCAAAAGGCACAGGCAUCCAGUGGAAGAACAUAGGCAGUGUCUGGGGAGACUUCAGCUUCGCUCAGGUGCUGAUGAUGCUCUUGCUGGACUCCUGUUUGUACUGUCUGAUAGCCUUUGUGGUGGUGUCUCUUUUCCCAGGAAAGUUUGGAAUUCCCAAGUCUUGGUACAUCUUUGCCAAGAAGCCCGUUCCAGCGAUACCACCACUUUUGAAUAUUGGGGAUCCUGAGAAAACUUCGAAAGGGGAUUUCAUGCAGGACGAGCCAAGUGAUCAGAUUAACACAAUUGAAAUCCAACAUCUGUAUAAGGUGUUCUAUACAGGAAGGAGUAAACGCAUAGCCGUCAAAGAUCUGAGCAUGAACCUGUACAAGGGGCAGAUCACUGUUCUUCUGGGACACAACGGAGCAGGGAAAACCACCGUCUGCUCUGUUCUGACAGGUCUUAUUACUCCUUCCAAAGGACAUGCAUAUAUCCACGGAUGUGAAAUUUCAAAAGACAUGGUUCAAAUUAGGAAGAGCCUGGGCUGGUGCCCGCAACAUGACAUUUUAUUUGAUAACUUUACAAUAACUGACCAUCUCUAUUUCUAUGGUCAGUUGAAAGGUCUGUCUCCCCAGGACUGUCAUGAGAAAACAGAGGAGAUGCUGCACAUCCUCAGUCUGGAGGACAAGCGGGACUUGCGGUCCAAGUUCCUGAGUGGGGGGAUGAAGCGCAAGCUCUCCAUUGGCAUCGCCCUCAUAGCGGGCUCUAAGGUAUUGAUUCUGGACGAGCCCACCUCAGGCAUGGACUCCACCUCCAGGAGGGCCAUCUGGGACCUUCUUCAGCAGCAGAAGAGUGACCGUACGGUCCUGCUGACCACUCACUUCAUGGAUGAAGCUGACCUGCUGGGAGACCGCAUCGCCAUCUUGGCCAAGGGGGAGCUCCAGUGUUGCGGGUCACCAUCAUUCCUCAAGCAGAAAUACGGUGCAGGAUAUUAUAUGACUAUCAUAAAAACACCUCUCUGUGACACCUCAAAGCUCUCUAAAGUUAUUUAUCGCCACAUACCGAAUGCAAUUUUGGAAUCCAGCAUUGGAGAAGAAAUGAUAUUCACACUUCCAAAGAAGACCAUGCCCAGGUUUGAGGCUCUAUUCACUGACUUAGAACUGAGACAGACAGAGCUGGGGGUCUCUACACUUGCGACCUCUGUCACCACUAUGGAGGAAGUGUUCAUACGAGUUUGUAAGUUGGCUGAUCCCAACACAAAUGUCAUAACGGAGAAGCGACCCUCUCUUCAUCCUCUUCCCCGGAAUCACAGAGUUCCUGUUGACAGAAUAAAAUGUCUCCACUCAAGGAUCUUCUCAGUGUACUCUGGCCCGCCAAUGAAACUAAACACAGGAUUCUGUCUUCUCUGCCAACAAUUCUACGCCAUGCUCCUGAAAAAGGCCACAUAUUCUCGGCGCAACUGGAUGCUGGUGCUGUCCGUGCAGGUUCUGCUGCCUCUGGCAAUCAUUAUGCUAUGCCUCACUUUUUUCAACUUCAAAUUAAGGAAACUGGAUAACGUGCCCCUGGAGCUGACUUUACAAACAUACGGCCAGACCAUCGUUCCAUUUUUCAUUGCUGAGAACUCCCACCUGGAUCCUCAACUUGCAGAUAAUUUUGUAAAAAUGCUUGUGGCUGCAGGACAGGUUCCUUUGCGAAUCCAAGGUUCUGUAGAGGAUUUUCUACUGAAGAAGGCAAAGGAGGCCCCUGAGGACUUUGAUAAGCUGUAUGUGGUAGCAGCUUCGUUUGAAGACACGAAUAACUACACCACGGUGAAAGCGCUGUUCAACAACCAGGCCUACCACUCCCCUGGCCUGGCUCUGGCUCUGGUGGACAAUCUUCUCUUCAAGUUGCUUUCUGGUGCCAAUGCUUCCAUUACCACAACCAACUACCCUCAGCCUCAGACAGCCAUGGAGCUCUCAGAGUCGAUCCUGUACCAGGGCCCUAAAGGACACUACCUUGUUGUCAACUUUCUUUUUGGAAUAGCUUUCCUGUCAAGUUCCUUCGCCAUCUUGACGGUGGGAGAGAAAAACAUUAAGUCUAAGAACCUCCAGUUUGUGAGUGGAGUCAGCAUGGUUGUGUUCUGGCUCUCUGCUCUGCUGUGGGACCUCCUCUCUUUCCUUGUUCCCACUCUGCUGCUGGUGUUGGUGUUUUUAUGGUAUAAGGAAGAAGCGUUUGCACACCACGAGAGCAUCCCAGCGGUGGUCUUGAUAAUGAUGCUGUACGGCUGGGCUAUCAUCCCUUUGGUCUACACAGUCAGCUUCUCCUUUAAGACCCCUGGUAGUGCCUGUGUGAAGCUUGUGUUAAUGCUCACCUUCCUCAGCAUCAGCCCUGUGGUCCUCGUCACUGUCACGAGUGAGAAGGACCUCGGCUACACAGAACUCUCAGACUCCUUGGAUCAUGUUUUCCUGAUGCUUCCUGGACACUGCCUGGGAAUGGCCUUCUCCAACUUGUACUACAAUUUUGAGCUGAAAAAGUUUUGCAAUGCUAAGAAUUUGAGUGAUAUUGACUGCAAUGAUGUUUUAGAAGGAUAUGUGGUCCAAGAGAACAUCUAUGCCUGGGACUCGCUGGGAAUAGGGAAGUACCUGACAGCCCUGGCUGUCUUGGGACCUGUAUACAUCACCCUGCUUUUCCUCAUGGAAGCCAAUGCAUUCUGUGUACUGAGAUCCAGGCUCUCUUGCUUCUCUCGGAAGGAAAAAUCGGGAAUGAUCUCUGGUGUAACAGAGCCUGAAGAUGAAGAUGUCCUAGAAGAGGCAGAGACCAUCAAGUAUCAUCUGGAAACAUUGACAAAGAAAAACCCACUUGUUGUUAAAGAAGUGUCAAAGGUCUAUAAAGAGAAGGUACCUCUGUUGGCUGUGAACAAGGUGUCCUUUGCCGUUAAAGAAAAAGAAUGCUUUGGCCUUCUUGGCCUCAAUGGAGCUGGGAAGACUUCCAUUUUCAACAUGCUGACCAGCGAGCAGCCCAUCACUUCAGGGGAUGCCUUUGUCAAGGGUUUCAACAUCAAGACUGACAUAGUGAAGGUGCGGCAGUGGAUUGGUUACUGUCCUGAGUUCGAUGCCCUGCUAAACUUCAUGACAGGAAGAGAGAUGCUUGUCAUGUAUGCCCGUAUCCGGGGCGUCCCUGAGUGCCACAUUAAAGCCUGUGUCGACCUGAUCCUUGAGAACUUACUCAUGUGUGUGAACGCAGACAAGCUGGUGAAGACCUAUAGCGGUGGCAACAAGCGUAUGCUAAGCACUGGCAUCGCCCUCGUGGGAGAGCCUGCACUCAUCCUGCUAGAUGAACCGUCCACUGGCAUGGACCCUGUGGCACGGAGGCUGCUGUGGGACACUGUGGGACGCGUCCGUGAGUCUGGCAAGACCAUCGUCCUCACCUCCCACAGUAUGGAGGAGUGUGAAGCCUUAUGUACCCGGCUGGCCAUCAUGGUACAGGGCCAGUUCAAGUGCCUGGGCAGCCCACAGCAUCUCAAGAGCAAGUUUGGCAUUGGCUACUCCCUGCAGGCCAAGGUCCAGAGGAAAAGGCAGCAGCAGAUGCUAGAGGAGUUCAAGGCAUUUGUGGACCUGACCUUCCCAGGCAGCAAUUUGGAAGACGAGCACCAAAACAUGGUUCAAUACUACCUGCCUGGCCAAAACCUCAGCUGGGCAAAGGUAUUUGGCAUUAUGGAACAAGCCAAGAAGGAUUACAUGUUGGAAGACUACUCCAUCAGUCAGCUCUCCCUGGAGGACAUCUUCCUGAGCUUCAUCAGACCAGAGUCCACUACUAAAGAAAAACAACAAGGGCAAGCUGUCCUAGCCAGCCCCUUGUCACCCUCUAACUCUAGGCCUAUCUCGAGACCUCCCUCACGUCUUUCUCAGCCUCCCAAACCACUUCCGUCUCCACCUUCCUCAGAGCCUGUCCUCCUGUAAUAAAGAGUUUAGUGCAGGGUA